AUGGACCCAACACGACAAGAAACCCUUCAAUCCAUCCGCCAAAACUGGACCAUUCCCCCCACCGAUCCGCACUUUAUCCCGCCCUCCCUCCUCGCCGGCCUCGCGCCAUCUCACCUCUCGCCCACUCUCCUUGGCGCCAUCCACCGGCUCUCUACCCUAACCCUCGGCCAGCGCGAGCGUGCGUACAACCUGCUGAAUACGUAUUUUCAAGCGAGGAUGCGGGAGAGGGGUGGUAAUGCUGGUGUUGCUGGCCAGCACGACGGCGGGGUGCUUGAAGUAGGAGAUGUGGAGAAGGCAUGUGGGAGUGCGAGAAAGAUGAGCUGCGUUGGUGUUGCGCUACAGGACAAUAGUAGCAACGGAGUGUGGGGGGUUGAGAGUGGUGGUGGUGGCGGCGGCGGCUGCACGCAUGUGCGGGCGUGGGAUCAGCGGAGUACUACACGGGAUUCGGUGGAGGAUGGUGGAGAGGCGCAGGCGUCUUUGAUGCAGAAACGGCGGGUGGAGCUGGCUCCGAUUGUUACGGCGCAGAGUGGUGUGUCGGGUUUGACGAUGGCUUCGGGAGAGGGGGAGAUGGCGGUGCUGAGUAGUUUUACGCCGUUGUUUAGGAGGUUGCAGGAUGAGCUUGCGGGGGGAGGUGCGAGGGAAAGCGCGAGCGUUUGUUUGGAUGGGUGGGAGAGAGGGGAUGGACAGCAGCGGGGGGUUGAAGUAUCAGAGGGAGAGACGGAUGUGAGUGCGGUACAACGUGCUAUGCACGAGUUUAAUGUUAGGAGGUUGGAGAUGCAAGGGAAGAAGAUGCAGUAUGAAGAUGCGGUUUGGAGGUUUGAGGAGGCGAGGUGGAGGAUGGAGAGUGUGAGGGAGGGGAUGAAAUGA